ACCGUCUUUUACUGCUACUACGUGUGAAUUACUUGUACAUAUAGUUUCAUUAAUACAACGUUUGCCAUGUAUCAGAUUUUAAAUAACGUCAGCACUGACAGCAUCUUUUCACUGUGACGAUAAGCGAAAUUUCCAGACAGCGUUGAUUUCUCCGGAGGACCCUGAACGCAGCACGAGAUCAGCGGACUGAAGGCUGAGAAGGACGAUGAAAACAAAAAUGGACAUCAAACGAAAAUAGCCAGCUGUUAAAGUCAGACCUCUGACUGAGACUUCACGAAGAACCCGAGGGGAGCAAAGAAGCGAGAGUCCAGAGUCCAGAACCAUGGAGGCUCGCUUUGGUAACAUUGUGUUCAGCUCCAAGUUUGACUCGGGGAACCUGGCACGAGUGGAGAAGGUGGAGAAGGGCAGCUCCAGCCCUCCUACCGAUGUCGCUCCCAGUGGGAGUGCCCUCUCGGGGUCAAACCUCUCACCUGACUACGAGUUCAACGUGUGGACGCAGCCAGACUGCAGCGGCACAGAGCAUGAGAAUGGAAACAGAUCAUGGUUUUACUUCAGUGUACGAGGUGCCGCACCUGGGAAGAUCCUGAAAAUCAAUGUGAUGAACAUGAACAACCAGAGGAAGCUCUACAGCCAGGGCAUGGCUCCUCUCGUACGCACUUUACCUGGAAAGAACCGGUGGGAAAGGAUCCGCGACAGACCCACAUGUGAGAUCGUAGAUAACCAGUUCAUCCUCUCAUUCACUCACCGGCUGUUGGAGACGCGAGGGGCGACCACCUUCUUCUCCUUCUGCUUCCCGUUCUCUUACAGUGAAUGUCAGGAGAUGCUGCAGCAGUUUGACAAGAGCUACCCCAACGCUGCUCAGCUCAGUCCGAACAGCACACCAGGCAGUAUUUAUUAUCACAGGGAGUUGCUGUGCCACUCUCUGGAUGGCAAUAGAGUGGACCUGCUCACUGUGACCAACUGUAACGGGAUGCAGGAGGAGAGAGAACCUCGUCUGCCCAAGCUGUUUCCCGACACCAACACUCCGAGGCCGCACCGCUUCUCCAGCAAAAGGGUGUUUUUUCUCAGCAGUCGAGUGCACCCCGGGGAGACUCCCUCAUCCUUCGUGUUCAACGGUUUCCUUAAUUUCAUCCUGAGAAGAGACGACCCUCGAGCUCACGCGCUUCGUAACAUGUUUGUGUUUAAGCUCAUUCCCAUGCUCAACCCAGACGGAGUCGUUCGUGGACACUACAGGACUGACUCCAGGGGUGUAAACUUGAACAGACAGUACCUGAACCCCAGCCCUGAGCUGCACCCCUCCAUCUAUGCAGCCAAAACACUUUUACUUUACCACCACACACACAACCGCCUGCACAGCACACAGUCCAGCAUUCACUGUAACAGCCCCACACACACACAGACCCCGCCCCUCAGCAUCAAACCCGACAACCAGCAUCCGUCUCCUCCCUUCACCGCCCUCGAAGUCAGCUUGAACCAACGAAACGCGGAGAAGGACGCAAAUCCCGCGCUGCCAGAAGUUCCCAUGGUGAUGGAGGAAAACGCCUGGGUCACCACGGAGACGGAGACGGGGAAGGGAGACCGGAACAGCUCGUCGAGCUCUUCGGAGACUGUAGCUCCUGUUACUGUGGAGGUAACAGAACCGGAGGUGGAGGAACAAGAGUCAAUUCCACCACAGGAGGGAGGUGUGGCUUAUUAUGUGGACUUACAUGGCCACGCCUCUAAACGGGGAUGCUUUAUGUACGGAAAUAGCCUUCCUGACGAGAGCCAGCAGGUGGAGAAUAUGUUGUAUCCCAGACUGAUCGCUGUCAACUCUGCCCACUUUGAUUUCCUGGGCUGUAACUUCUCCGAGAAAAACAUGUACGCUCGAGACAAGAGGGACGGUCAGUCUAAAGAAGGCAGCGGGCGGGUGGCCAUUCACAAGGCAAUAGGGCUGCUUCACAGCUACACUCUGGAAUGUAACUACAACACUGGAAAAACCAUGAACACCAUCCCGCCUGCUUGUCAUGACAACGGACGGGCGACCCCACCUCCCCCUCCAUCAUUCCCUCCAAAAUACACUCCAGAAAUAUUUGAACAGGUGGGGCGCGCCGUGGCGAUCUCGGCCCUGGACAUGGCGGAGUGUAACCCCUGGCCACGCCUGGUGCUGUCUGAGCACAGCUGCCUGAUGAACCUUCGAGCCUGGAUCCUCAAGCACGUCCGCAACACCAAAGGCCUCAACGCACACGUCAACGCUCACCCUCCACCUAGAAUACACCACAAUGGCAGCAAGGCGUCACCGCCAAAGAACUUCAACAACAGCUGUCUGUCUGGCUCGUCGUCGGAGAACACCCUCAGCCGAAUUCGCUGCAACAGCCACAGUAGCAGCAGCCAGACGCCCUCCCCGAAGAUGCACAACUCCCCGAGCUUUACUUUCGGCUGCCCCCCACCCCGAACUCACACGCAGCACAACGGCACGCACAGCAACGGACGUGGAGGCAACAAGACACUCGGGCCAGUCAGGGACCCUAAGCCUCAGGAGAAGAGACGCCCCCACCACCGCUCCAUCCUACGGUCUCCCAGCAACAGCCACGCACCCUCCCGCCCCCCACUCUCACCCCCUUCCUCCUCCUCCUCCUCGUCUUCCUCUGUGUGCGCGGCGGGCUCCUGUCCCCUCCCGGCCUCCGUCAGUAUGACAGGCCUCAGCUGCCCAGACUUUCAGGCUGGACCCAGUGGACCUAGUUCAGCCGGGUGGUCCAGAACGUCUUUCCCCACGCGUGCUGGGCGUGUGGGGAGAGGGUGUCGAACUCUCACAAUCACUCAUCACCCCCCAGAGGCCCGCACAGAGACUAAAGACUUGGGGCCUGAACACAUCCUGUCCUCCAUCAAAUUUAGCAAGUGUGAGCUGCAGCCUCACAUGAGCCGCAUCCCCAUCAGGAGGGCGGGGUCGACUGAAGCCCCUCCUACACACGACAGUAAGACGUCACCUACCAGCAUUAACCCCGUGUCUUCUGGAGAUAAAGAGGAAUCAGCCACCAUGAAGGUCUGGAAGCUGCUUAGACCUGGACUGCAUCGCCACCUGUCACUGUCAGGUGUACCAGGGAAAGAGGGUGCCAUGCAGCUGGCCUCUAAAGCGUUAAUGAAGAAGAGCCCAGACAGGAGUCUCCACUUCAAAGGAAAUACCAUCAUAGAGGCUGCACAGGAGAAGGAUGAAACAACUGAACAGGUGGACAGGCUCCGGUGAUGCCGCUGCCUGAGACAGUGAACAUGUGUGAGACAGUGACGCUGUGUGGAGAAGCUUAGCAACUGCACAGACGAGGAGACUCGCGUCUGUUUUCUCUAAAUGUGAGCCCAACUUACUGAAUCGUGUUUAAAACCUUUAGACUCGGGAAACGGGACGGGGCAUCGUCAUCACGGGAGGUUUGUUUGGGGCAUCUUAACGUGCAAUACAACAAUUUUAACAUUAAACAGAGCGCGCGUGGUGUUUUCAUCCAUGCACGCUCAGCAUAGUCAGACCGUGGAGCUGCCCAGUGCGACCAGUGAGCAGCUUUACUGGAGCAGCUGGAGGUUUAGUGCCUUGCUCGGUGAAACCGCAGCUGUAGCUGAGGUCGGGGAGAGGUACAAACUUUCCCUAAACGUUUUCCGACUUAUCAAGAAUCCGCAGACUUGAAAUAUUUAACUUUUCAUCUACCGUCGUCGUACUUCACAUAUCCGUUUCUUUAGUCGUUGCCUUCUGCUGUCCCCUCCCACAAUGCACUCUGACCAACACUGUAAUGCACUGGUGAGUAUUGUUCCGGUCAGCCUCUGGCGCUGAAAGGGUUGAUUUUUAUUCCGACUGACAAGCACAGCAGCACCUUUAUUAUCUUUCCAUUGUGACUUUAGAAACAAACGUGUGAGUGACGUGUGUAUUUAAUGCAGUUAUUCCAACAGUUGUUUGUGUUUUGCGUGUAAAAGGUAUUCACCCCCCGUGGACAUUUUGUCACGGUUUGUUUUUUUUAAAAAGAUGUAAGCAUGAUUUCUGACAAAAGCAAAGAAACUGAAGUGUAAAAUACUAAUGAGCUAAGUUACACCAGUUAGAUUAAGGGACUGUUCAUUAUUUAUCAGAGGGGGGUGGCUGGGGUGUGAC